AUGGCCAAGAAGACGACCCUCGCCGAGUUCGAAUCGGUAUUCCCCAAGCUCGAGGAGGUCCUCCUCGAGCACGCGCAAAAGUACAAGCUUCCCAAGGAGGAGCUGGCAUGGUACAAGAAGGCAAGCAUACAGCCACACCAACCCGCCGAGGUCCACCGCCACCGCCGUCGCGACGACCUGGAACCACCGGGCCGUCCAUCGUGCUGGCGCAGUCUCGAGAUCAACACCCUCGGCGGAAAAUGCAACCGCGGCAUGUCGGUCCCCGACUCGGUCUCCCUGCUGCUCGACAAGCCCCUCAACGAGGAGGAGUAUUUCCAGGCGGCGACGCUCGGCUGGAUGACGGAGCUCCUGCAGGCCUUCUUCCUCGUUUCGGACGACAUCAUGGACAGCAGCAUCACGCGCCGCGGCAAGCCCUGUUGGUACAGACACGAAGGCGUCGGCAUGGUCGCCAUCAACGACGCCUUCUUGCUCGAGGCCGCCAUCUACACGCUGCUGCGCAAGUUCUUCCGCGAGCACGCUAGCUACGUCGACCUGCUCGAGCUUUUCCACGAGGUCACCUUCCAGACCGAGCUUGGCCAGCUCUGCGACCUCCUGACGGCCCCCGAGGAGCAGGUCAACCUCGACAACUUCAGCAUGGAGAAGUACCGCUUCAUUGUCGUCUACAAGACGGCCUACUACUCCUUCUACCUGCCCGUCGCCCUCGCCCUCCACUGCCUCAACAUCGCCACCCCCAAGAACCUCAAGCAGGCCGAGGACAUCCUCAUCCCCCUCGGUGAGUACUUCCAGAUCCAGGAUGACUACCUCGACAACUUCGGCCUGCCCGAGCACAUUGGCAAGAUCGGCACCGAUAUCAUGGACAACAAGUGCAGCUGGCUCGUCAACCAGGCACUGCAGAUCGCCACCCCCGAGCAGCGCAAGAUCCUCGAGGACAACUACGGCCAGAAGGAUAAGGCCAAGGAGGCCGUCAUCAAGAAGCUCUUUGACGACAUGAAGCUCAAGGAGCGCUACCACGAGUUCGAGGAAAAGCGCGCCAACGAAAUCAAGGUCAUGAUUGACAACAUUGACGAGAGCGAGGGUCUCAAGAAGGGCAUCUUUGAGGCCUUCCUCGCCAAGAUCUACAAGCGCAGCAAGUAG